AUGUCCCUUACACAACGCGUAGUCAUCAUUGGAGCCGGUAUCGUGGGUACCAACCUCGCCGAUGAGCUGGUCUCUCGAGGAUGGACGGAUAUCACUGUCGUUGAGCAGGGCCCGUUGCACAUGCCGGGCGGAUCGACGUCACACGCCCCCGGUCUCGUAUUUCAGACAAGCCCCUCCAAGACCAUGACACAUUUCGCACGGUACACAGUCGAGAAGCUUCUAUCGAUAGAGAAGGAUGGACACAGAUGCUUCAAUCAAGUGGGCGGUCUCGAAGUAGCAACUACACCCGCACGGCUGGAGGAUCUGAAGCGGAAACAUGGAUACGCCUCAUCAUGGGGGAUCGAGGCCCAUUUAGUGAGCGCCGAGGAGUGCUUCAAGAUGUAUCCUCAUUUGAAUAACGAUAUGGUGCUGGGCGGUCUCCAUAUCCCCACUGAUGGUCUCGCACUGGCAGCCCGAGCAACACAGCUGCUCAUUGAACGGACAAGCAAGGCCGGUGUUCGUUAUCUCGGCCAUACUCCCGUAAUAGGAAUUGAGCGGGACGGCCGUCGUGUUACUGGAGUCAGUACUCCCGGUGGUAUUAUCCCAGCAGACAUCGUUGUCUCUUGUGCGGGGUUUUGGGGGGUUGACUUAGGAGCUAUGGUCGGUGUGAAAAUUCCUUUGCUCCCGCUGGCGCACCAGUACGCAAAGACUACGGCAGUACCCGCUCUCGCUGGGCGAGAUAUCAAUAGCUUGCUCAAUGGAAUGAAUGCCACACUUCCAAUCCUCCGGCACCAAGAUAAGGGUCUUUACUACCGUGAACAUGGCGGGCAGUACGGGAUUGGAUACUACGGGCACCGUCCAAUGCCCGUUGUCGCGUCAUCACUAGGACUCACACCCAGAGAUGUCGAUGAACAAAACAUGCCUUCCCGCCUCCUUUUCACCACCGGAGACUUUGAACCAGCUUGGAAAGAGUCUCAAAAGCUACUCCCUACUCUUCAGGACACAGAGAUCGCGGAUGGGUUCAAUGGCAUCUUCUCCUUCACACCCGACGGCGGUCCAAUUCUUGGCCAACCAUCCCAUAUCGACGGAUUCUACGUAGCUGAGGCCGUGUGGGUUACACACUCAGCAGGAGUCGCCCGAGCUCUCGCACAAAUACUCACAACCGGUAGAUCAGAGAUCGACGUAUCUGAAUGUGAGCUAUCCCGCUUCGAAGAGAUCCAACUCACUCAGGACUACGUGAACCAGACCGGGCAGCAAAAUUUUACCGAAAUAUAUGACAUUAUUCACCCGCUUCAACAACGGUUGUCGCCCCGCAAUUUGCGUGUUAGUCCAUUCCACUCACGCCAGCGGGAGCUGGGGGCUUUCUUCCUUGAGACUGGAGGCUGGGAACGACCGUGGUGGUAUGAAGCAAACGAAGAUCUCGUGAAGUCUCUCCCGCCAUCAUGGCAGCCUGUCGAUCGAGAUCCCUGGUCAGCACAAGUGCAUUCACCUAUCUCUGCUGCCGAGGCGUGGAAGACACGGAAUGCUGUAGCUAUGUUUGAUAUGACUGCUUUCCAUCGGUUCGAAAUGUGCGGGCCUGGGGCAGUCAGUCUGCUUCAGCGGCUAACCACCAGUAAUAUCGGCACCAAGCCAGGUACUGUUACUUAUACUCUUCUCCUGAAUGAUGAAGGUGGCAUUCGGGGUGACAUCUUUGUACUACGACUUGACGACGAUGUGUUCCAGAUCGGAGCGAACACUACAACAGAUUUAGCGUAUCUUACAAGAGAAGCUCGAGUCCAACAGCAAAACAACCCAGGGCAAUGGAUCCAAGUUCGCGAUAUCACAGGUAGCACAUGCUGCAUCGGGCUAUGGGGCCCUCGAGCACGGGACGUCAUUGCUGGAAUCAGCACGGUUGACCUUUCCAACAAGGGCCUUCCCUACCUUGCCCUGAAAGAGGCAGUUCUUGCGGGUAUCCCAGUCACAAUGAUCCGCAAGUCCUAUGUUGGCGAACUAGGCUGGGAAAUCCAAACCAGCGCCGAGUACGGCCAACGCCUAUGGGACACAAUCUGGCAAGCUGGCAAGCUGCACGGACUCAUUGCUGGAGGCCGCAGUGCGUUCAACUCAUUGCGCCUCGAAAAGGGAUACCGCACUUACGGCGCAGAUAUGACGACAGAGCACAAUCCGUUCGAAGCUGGUCUUGCCUAUGCCGUGGACGCAAAUAAGGAAGAUGAUUUCGUUGGAAAAGCCGCCAUCCAACGCCUUUCUAACCAAGUACCCUCGCGGCGGCUGCGGGCUUUGACAGUUGAUGAUGGUCGCUCGAUGAUUCUUGGUAAGGAGCCUGUGUUCUACAAUGGCAAAGCAGCUGGAUAUGUAACCACCGCUGCCUUUGGGUACACUAUUGGAAAACCAAUUGCCUAUGCAUGGCUUCCUGGGGGCGUAGAUGAAGGCACCAAAGUGGAAAUCGAGUAUUUUGGAAAGCGCAUCAGGGCGACUGUCGAGACAGAAUCGCUUUAUGAUCCCGAGAUGAACCGUCUCAGUCAGGAUAGCUUGCUUCCGGUAGUUGGACCACGAGCUUCCACCAAGUCACGACUUUGA